AUGUUCUACCAAAACGGAAGGUUACUGCAAGAGCCCGAAUACAACCGAACGACAAAAUGGGUGAAUGUAUUCUUCGACAUAUGCGACUACAGAUGGGAUGACCAUACCAUAAUGCGCACAAUCCUCACCUGCAUCCGCACAAGAGUCGCCAGCAUCACCGGCCAUGCUAUGCACCACGAUAUCCCGCUCUGCGUCUCGAUCCAGGUUUCUGGAGAACAUGGUGAUAGGGAGUCGAUUCUUGCUGCUGCGGAGUUAUCGGCGGAAUAUCUUCGAGUGCAGGUUGCUAGGGGGUCUAUUCAUAUUAAUCGAGCUUUGCUUUUUCGGAGAUAG